AUGAUCGGAGUAUCACCGGAUGAAGGAGACGACAACGCUGCCGCUGCUGCUGCUCUGUCUUCAGAGGAUCCAUCUUGCUCGGAGGAGUCGGUGAGAGGAGCAGAGCUCGACUUAGCUCUUGGUCUUGGCAUUGGGUGGCCACCUCUACGGACUUACAGAAUCAAUAGUUUGUUCAACAACCAAGCAAAUUUAUUGGCCACUGAAGACGACGUUCAAAAGGGCACAACAAAAAACAGCGUGAAGAAGGAUGGUGUUGGAUUCAUCAAAUCUCCCAUGCUUGUGAAGGUUACAAUGGAUGGAGUUAUAAUUGGAAGGAAGAUUGAUCUCAGUGCUCUUGAUUCUUAUGAAGCCUUGGCGAAAACUUUGGAACAAAUGUUUUUCCAUACACCUUCUUCUGAAACACGUGUUGUUUCAGAACUGCUGGAUGGUUCAUCAGAACAUAUCAUAACGUAUCAAGAUAAAGACGGAGAUUGGAUGCGUGUAAGAGAUGUUCCUUGGCGGAUGUUCUUUGGGUCCGUGAAAAGACUGAGAAUCAUGAGAAGAUCAGGUGAAACUGGAAGUGGCAAGUAG